ACCGCGGCGCGGGGAGGACCACGGUGCCAGCGAGGCGCGCGGCCUGGGCGACGCGACGCGACGGCGCGGCGGCAACCCGGAACCUCCCCCGGCCCCCGGCCCCCCGGCCCCUCACCGCGUCCUGACGGCAGAGUGCGUGGCGCGGCGUGGCGCGGCGGGCAGAUGCGGGCCACGGGCGGCGAGGGGCUGCAGCCGAUGCAGCGGUAGCGGCUGUGCGAUGCAACAUGGCGGAGGACUGCGGCGGCGCCUACGGCGGUAGAGGCAGAGGCCCGCGCCCCCGGGGCCCCGGCCUCUGAAAUGCAGCUAGGGCUGCUGCAGCUGCGGCCUGCAGACGAGCUCGCGGCGCAGGCGCUGCACGCCGUGCCCGCGGUCGUGGCCAUGGAGCCCACCAGUUCCGCCCCGAGUCCAGGCCUCAGUCCCGGCCUCAGUCCCGGCCUCAGCCCUGGACUCAGCCCCGGGCUCAGCCCCGGACUAAGUUCAGAACUCAGCCCUGGACUCAGCCCUUCGGGGAUCAACUCGGUGUCCGGGCCCGACAGCCCGGGACUGGGCUCCGUCACGGGCAGCUUCACUCAGCAUGGAUUUACGAGCGUGUGCGUCAAGCAGGAACAGCCCAUGACGCCGUCCUGCUCGGAGCCGUCCAGCCCUCUGGAGGCGCUCAGUCCACCCAACUUGCCAUCAAAGACGCAGAACGCUUAUUUACCCUCUGACUAUUUGCACCACAAAUUAUGCACACUAUGUAUUCCCUCUGCUAUCGUCAGUCUGGCUCUGCCCAUUAAAGAGAUAACAUAUACUUGUGCUCCUCAAUUAUCAAUCCUACGUAUCACCACAUGGCGCAGCCGGAAGUGA